AUGGCUCCACUUCGUAUUACACUGAACACCGAAUCUGACACAAACGACAGGCUUUCUGUCGGUGCAUACUCUAGACUACCUCGAGUCAUCCCCAAACCGAUGGUCUACGGCGAGCACCUCAUCCCAGCAGGCACUGCCGUGGGAAUGUCAGCUCUCUUCAUUGAGCGUCGCGAGGGAGUCUUUUCUGAUCCCGAUGACUUCAUCCCUGAGCGAUGGCUUGACCACAGUGAGGCUACGAGGCUUGAACCGUACCUUUUGACUUUCGGAAAAGGGAGCCGUGACUGUAUCGGUCGUCAACUCGCGUAUGCAGAGUUGUACAGCGUGACUGCAACGAUCUUCCGGCGGUUCGGAGAGAACCUUGAGCUGUUUGAAACGACGCAGGACGACAUCGAAGGCGCCCAUGAUUAUUUUGCCGGCAUGGUCAAAUGGGGUGAUGGCAGGCAAGGCCUGCAGGUGGCUUUUGCAAAGUGA